UGAGAAUGCUGUUGGCACCUGUGCUGAACUUAUAUUUGCUCCUAUCGAUGCCUCUUUUGCUGAUGAUGCACCUCUUUUGCCUUCUGGUUUUCGCAUCAUUCCUCUUGAUUCUGGCAAGGAAGCUUCCAGUCCAAAUCGUACCUUUGACCUUGCUUCUGCUCUCGAGAUUGGACUGGCUGGAAAUAAAGCAUCUAAUGAUUAUACUUCUAAUGGUGGCAGUACAAGAUCUGUGAUGACAAUAGCAUUUGAAUUUGCAUUUGAAGGUGUUAUUUGGGAGUAGAGCUUCUCAAGUCUGGCAGUGAAGGAAGUGAAACCACCCUCAAAACCCUUUGGCAUCACACAGAUGCUAUUAUGUGCUGCUCUUUAAAGGCAUUGCCAGUUUUCACCUUUGCUAACCAGGCUGGUCUUGACAUGCUUGAGACAACCUUGGUCGCCCUUCAAGACAUUACUUUGGAGAAGAUAUUUGAUGAUCAUGGAAGAAAAACUCUCUGCUCUGAGUUUCCACAAAUUAUGCAACAGGCAAAGAAGAAAAUGGUUGAAUUAGUACAUAAAAUCAUCGAAGCGAAAAGGAAGAACAGAGGCAGAGCAAAAGUUGCAAAAGAUGUAGCUGAUGUUUUGCUGAAUGAUGCAAGUGAAGAGCUAAAUGAUUAUCUAAUUUCAGAUGUUUUUAAUAUAAGCCAUAUUAGUGUGCUUUUUAUUCCUUUUUAAUUUUUUUGGGCAAAUUACACUUCUUGACC